AUGUAUCGGAACUUUGGGGACUUGGGCCGAGGAGACAGCUCUACGUACCCCAACAUCGACUCUGGGUCCCCCCACACCGGAUCGAGUGCUGUAUCCCAGGGCACCAGCACCUCAACUACUCAACAAGAUCAGGUAGGCGGCACACAUAUUGGUCUACGUUGAUAAACUUCAGUAAGAGUAAUAAAUGCUCAUUUUUGUUUAAAGUUUUCCACCCAAAAAUUAUCAUAUUGCUUAAUAAUAUUAAUUGCAGAAUGUAGUAAUAAUAGAGUACUAACGGAAUAAUAGUGACAUAAGAAAUGUAGUAGGCUAAUAGUUGUAUUAUAGCCAUGGUGUAAGUCUGAUUACCAUUGUCUGAUUGUGGUCUUGUGUUGAAUUGAUACACAUGAUGGAUGUAUUUACCAAUUUAUUUUGAAUUAUCAGUCUGUCAAAAUUGUUGCCUUUUAUAUCCUGAUACAUGCAUAUGUCCAUGUCAAAUAUCUGGUUCAAAAUAAUAGUUUUGCUGUAAAUCCCUCUGCUUUUCCAUCAUCUCCUUACACUAUUCUUUCUUUCUUUCUUUCUUUCUUUCUUUCUUUCUUUCUUUCUUUCUUUCUUUCUUUCUUUCUUUCUUUCUCUUCAGAAGUUCACUGUGGCAGGAGGCAGUCAGUUUGUUCCCAGUCUCAACGACAUCACUUCCAACCAAGACCUCCAGUGGUUGGUCCAGCCCUCCCUCAUCGGUCCACCUGGCCCCUCACGGCCUCCACGUCCUCCUUACCCACCUGUAGCAGGAAUGAGGUCCUUCAACCCCUCACCUUCCCAACCACACCUUUACAGACCAGGGGUCAUAAGGGCAGCGGCAAGUUCCGGAAGCACGACCAGACGUAGGAACGAUGAACAUGUAAGAAUAUGUUUCGUCUUUAGCCAGUAGAGUGUAAAACUCUUAUUUCAAAAGGUAGGUAGGCAUUGUACCAGGAUGUGGGUGGAUAUUUGACCAAAAUGCAGAUGAAUCGUAAGGUCACUUAUCACAACAUACAUUUCGAAGAGGUGGUUGUCUUUGAAGAGGUAUAGUUUAGUAGGCCCUAGUGCUGAGCGAUUAGUGCUUUUUGAAAUCGGUUCGGUUUCAAUUAGAUUAUAAAAAAAUAAUCACUGUUUUUGAUUUAGGUUUCGAUAAUUUUUUUAGACAUUAAAUGCACUAUGCAUUAUGUGGGCUGAAUGCUGUAACAACACUGAAUAAAACCAUUAAUAAAAGUCCCAUGAUGGUAGUGACUGCCCAUUACUGCUUAUCACUUAUUAACCAUCAUUUAUUCACAUGACUUUACUUUAAUAUACCUCUCGAUCACGCAUUCUCUCUUCUCUCAGUCUCAGCUCUGCUCAGACCAGACAAGUUUAAGCAGGAGCACAAUGGAUUAUGGUCAUUGUAGUUAAUUACAACAUUUUCUGAGCUAAAUUGUAGAACAUUUGCCUUUUGGAAAAUACAACUCCCUACUACAUCGCACAGUUCAGGCUUCAUCUGAUUUAACUAUACAGAAACCGCACAUCCAGCUCACAGAAUUUUUUUUUACGAAAUGGAAUUAAAAUAAUUGAACCGACUUCGGUCAAUUAGUUGUUUAAAAAAUGCAACAUUUCGGUUAAUCGCUCAGCACUAAUAGGCUCUUUUCCGUGUAGUUGUUGUCUUACUAAUAGUGCUACACUGUAUACAGAAACUGUGCUCCGUUGGGACUGAGAGGGGCAUGGAAAAUGGCAACUAGAGACUUCACAGAGGUGUAGAGACAGAUGGUUGAGUCAGUGUGUCAGUAGUGUGUAAUAUCCUGUAGUGUCUGUGACUGACUUAUACUUCUGACAUGGCAGUGAGACAUUACCACACCCGUCUUGUCUGAUAGGAUGAAAACAAAAUUACAGAAACAAAUAUUCCUGAGAGCUCUCUUUUGAAUGGGAUAGAUUUGUUGUGAACAUUUUGAAAUUCCAGAUGAUGCAGAGGUUGACCACAUCUGUUUUGGUUGACACCUAGGCCUAUGUACUUUGGAACAGUUAUGUACACUGACCUGCUUAAUCAUUGUUUGAGAUACGCCACUAAUUUGAUGUUAGUGUGACUUAAUAGGCUAAGUGCUAGAAAAUAUGAGAGCUUUUAUCAACCUGUUUGACUUUGAGCCAAGAUGGCAACACAUCAAGUAAUUAUCAAAUUGCUUAACUACUACUAGUAGUACGUUUUGUUAUCCUUGAGGGUAGAUGCUUUUUAUACCUGUUGGCUCUCAGUUACACUUCCAGAAUGUGUGGUUGAGUGAACUUGAUGGGACAGGAAAUGGGCUAUCAUGUGACUCACCGGGGCAAGUCAUAUGACUCAAACCUGAGUCACAACGGGGGUCUGAGUGACUCAUCAUAAUACAGGGGUGGGAAAAAUUUGAUGAACAGAAACAAAGAACUGGACAAAAUGUUAAAUGAAAUUGGAGGAAGUGUGUGACAAAAGGCUCAGACAUUACGAAAUGCCGUUGUGAAAGUUUGAAUGUAGUGACUCAAUUUAUACACAAGGUGGUAGUAUUUCACCACUCUAAACAUAUUUUCGUCAUCUGCUAUUUAGUGCAGUCCCCUUCAAUUGAGUUGAGCUAGACGUCUUUCAAGUUGUAGUACAUUUUUGUGAAACUUAUUGGUACUUUUUUCAUAGUCAUCAAAUGUCUUUCUUUCACUUUAGUUGUCCCCAGAGGAGUUGGCAAGACGCAGAAUAAGGAGGGAGCGGAACAAACAGGCAGCUGCCAAGUGUCGUAACCGCCGACGUGAGCUGACAGACACUCUGCAAAGCGUAAGUUGAAUUUAAUUUGAAGAGGCUUAUUAACAUAUAUUUUUUACGUUUGUAAAUCAUAUCACCUGUUUAUCAGACACAUAAGAUGUUUUAACUACUGGGUUUUUGUGCCAAUUGAAAAAAUAAAUAGAUUGACAAUACAACCCUAACCUUUUCUCUUUCCUUUUACCUCUUUUAGGAGACAGACGAGUUGGAAGUUAAAAAGUCCCGUCUGCAGAAGGAGAUUGCUCAACUACAGAAGGAGAAAGAAAAGCUAGAGUUUGUCAUAGAGGCCCACAGCCCUAUUUGCAAGAUCCAGGACUCUGAUUCUGACCCGAGCUCAGAGCUUCCCUCAUUAGGAAUCAAAAUCGAGCCUGAGGACCUACCAGGGUCCUCAGCAAAGAGCCAAUCAAAGACUGAGAAGCCCAAACCCAAAAUUAUUAUCCCUGCUCGUCCUGUGACCUCGUCUGCCGGCCCCAUGGAAUCUGAGUCCCUUCACACCCCAAUUCUUAUUUCUACUCCAUCUCUUACUCCAUUUACAGCUAGUCUGGUCUUCAAUUAUCCCUCUGGCUCUCUAGACUCCAGUUCCACUAUUUCAUCCCAGGCUCUACCGCCUAUGUCAUCUUCCUCUCAACAUGAUGUGGCCCAGCAGUCUCGAAACCCCCAGCCCUGUAGUAUUGCCCAUCGCCGUAGCAGCAGC